AUGCGGAUACAGCUGGCUGCGAGUGCGGGCUAUUGUUGGGGGUGCGCUAUAGUGACCUCGCCGAGCGCGAAUAUAGACCUGCGGCGAGUGUUGGGGCGCGAUUUGGGCUGUCCUUGGGCUAAACUUGGACGGCCCGAUCAAAUGACCCGGCCGCUGGCACUCACCUCCGAGAGAAUCCUGACCAAACGUUCGUCGCAGCUCCACCCCGCCAUGGUCGACGGAACCAGUCGACAGUUGGAGGAAGCCACUCCUGCCCGCCCAGUCGCUCAUCUUCAGCCCCGAUGUCGUCCCGAGAUCCGAACUCGCCGGGGAAGAAGGCCUUCGCCGGUGAAGAGGCGAGCACCGAUCAAUUUGGCGAAGACCGAGGUGGCAUCUUGUGACGAGGCUGAACAUGGUUUGGGUGUCCCUGACUACCCUUGGCCUCACAAAGGCAUUCUAAGUUCAUAUGACCACGCUUCGCAGGCUGCUAGGUUUGCAAAUGGGGGUGCCUAUCCUCCGGAUUUAAGUCUGAUAACCAAAGCUCGUCAUGAUGGUCAAAAUUACGUUUUUGCUCUUUUGACUGGGUACCGCGAUCCUCCUGCUGGUAUUUUUAUUCGUGAAGGAUUGCAAUAUAACCCUUACUUCCCUAGUGGAGCAAUCGCAAUGCCUAAAAUGCUUAAUGAUGGUGCUGUUGAGUAUGAAGAUGAUGGGAAAAGAUGUGGUGUCAUUUUUGUCCUGGGCAGUAGAGCCGGAAAUGGAAUAGAGAAAGCUGAUGGGGUUCAAGUGGAUAUUUGUCCUGUCACUGGCACUACUUCAGGCUGGCACAAGCACAUUCGCCAGGCGUCUAGCUUGCCCGGGACACACCAUCCGCGUGCCCGCGAGUGCUCCCAGCCACCCAACCGCGCACUCGCCGAGGACUUGAAGUCGUGCCCCCGCGAGUCUGGCACCUCCAGACCGUCCACCUAUUAA